UCGUAUGAGUCGAAGCCCGAAUUCUCUCGAGUCGAGGUUGCGUUUGGACUUUGGAGAAGAAGAAAAUGGCGGAGUCGAAUUACGAGUACCCAAGGCUACGGCGGCCGGAAAUAGUCACAAUCCUAGCGCAGUUGCAGAUCGCGAACGUGACCGAGCAGGACUUCACCAACCCUAACCCUGAUUUCAUCUCCGAUCUCUACACUCGCGUCCUCAUUCAUCUCGACAUUCUCCUCGAGGAAGACAACGAGCAACUCGAGUUCCACGCCCUAGAGCAUCUUGAAAACCCUGAUUUCCACCUGGAUUCCGUUCGCGCCGUGAAACUCUACAACCAGAUCAACGAGGUUCUCACGACACUCGAGUGUCCGCGCAAAUUCACCCUCGCCGAUCUUCUCAUGCCGGAUCCUCACCGAACCGACCUCUUCCUUGGCUCUCUUCUCAAUUUUUGUCUCGAUAGGGACGCGAGAAUGAACUCCGUCUCGGAAAUUGUGGAGGAAGUGAACGCUCUAGAGGCGCAGCGAACGGAGUUGGAGGAGAAUAGGAUUUUGCAGUUGAAAGCGGAAAUUUCGGAAUGCAAUGAGGCGAAGGAGAGGGAGAUGCCUCUUGUUGAGGAGGUGGAGGCCAAAGUUAAAGAGCUCAAGCAAACGAUUGCGGUGCUGAACAGCAACCAGAGUUCUCUGAGAAGUACUUUGAGGAAGUUGAAGGAGAAGACCGGGGAAACGGAUGAGAAGAUUUCAAAUGCUGAAUUUACAUUGGUACAAAAUGUCCAAGAAAAUGCAAAUCUACGUUCAAAAAUCAGUCAAUCACCUGAUAAAGUACAGAGGGCUUUAGAGGAAAAGAAAUUAGCUCGUGAGGAGGCAAGGAAUGCUGAAAGAUUAGCAAUGCAAGCUUUUCAUGAGAAGACUGCCCUUGUUGAAGUUUUUUCCAAGGUGUACAAGAAAAUGUCAAAACACAACAAGCUGAUGCAGGAUAUACAAGAACAGGUAAAUUCUGCUAAAUCUAUUGAAAAGGAUCUUAAAGCAUUGAAGGCUAAACUUAGUGAUGAAGAAAUAUUGGAGAAGUCACUUGAGGCCAAAUUGGUUGAAAAACAGAGUAAAGUUGAGCAGAUGGAAGAAUCGAGGAAGCAAUUGGAGAAAGAGUCCAAUAUUAUGUGGGAAGAAGCAACUAAAUACUUAAGUAGUACGAAAUCAGAUGUUGAAUCUAAGAGAUCUGCUACAGAAACAAGGCAGAAAAAUGUUGAGGCUGUUUUAUCUGAGGUGGAUGCCAUAAGUAGUAAAAUUAUAUCAGUAAAAGAAGCUGGAGCAGUUAAAGUGGCACUGUUAGUGCGCAAAUGUGAAGAGCUAGUAGAAGCGUUUCACAACUAUGCGAAUCCGAUUGCACGCGUGAUUGAAUCUGAGCAAAGAAGACUCGGGGCCACUAAAGGAGGUGGAUUUGGCAUUUCAGAUCCGGUUUAAUCAUGUAUAGACUACUACCAAAAAUCAAAUUAUACUAGAGUGUUUAUUUAUUUAUUUGACACAGCUAGAGUGCAUAGUUUAGUUGAGUACAUGUUAGCAUGAAAAAUCUGGAAGAAUUUUUGCAGAGGUUAUGCCUCAAUCACAUCGACAUCUUGCUGCAGAAUUGUGUAGUGCCUAUUCUGUUCACCCUGUUUCUUCCAUUCUUAGCCCAAUAGUUGAAUCAAUGUGUUGUUUCCUGUGAUGGUUUGCUCUAUAUGUGAAUAUGCCUCUAAUUGAAUGAAAAUUUGCCAUGCGUAA